UGUUUUCUAUACUGAUAGCGUUAAUGCCACAUUGGCGCUCUCUUCAGUUGUAAAUAUAAGCAUGAGAUAGGUGAUUUUAUUUUUACUUAAAGUCGCGUAAAUGAAUAAGGAACAUAUCUUGAUUGCAUAAUAAUUUAUAAUGAAAUAUGUUAUUUCUAAUAAGAGGAUGCUCGCUUAAUAUUUACCAGUACUGUAGAAAUUUCAUACCUAAAACUAAACUGGUCGAAUCGUGUUAUCCAGUGUUCCUUAACCCCAACAAGAAAGUUAAUCUACCUAUAUGUCAAUUUUGUUCGAAAGCGACUUUAUUUGUAACUAAUGAGCAUGUUAGAAAAUAUUUAAAUCAUCUUAUGAAUGCGUAUCAAAGUGGUAAUAAAGAACAAGGAAGUAUUUCUGAUAUUCUUAACUUAGAAGAAAUUCCCCAGUUGCUGAAUGAGAAAAUUAAGAUAAUUAAGAAUAUAAAGGACUUGAACGAUCUUGUACCUGAGAAUAAAGAAAUGAAAAAUCUUAUAAGAGAAGAAAAUUUAACAUAUGCACGACAGAUGUCACAGAUUGACAAGAAAAUUUUAGAUAUUAUUUUACAAAAAAUAGAUACUGAAAAUUAUGAUAAUAUUGUUAUGGAGAUAAUGCCAGGUGUAGGUGGUCAGGAAGCUAUGUUGUUUGCUAAAGAUUUAUUAGUUAUGUAUUUAAAUUAUUUUGAUCAUUUAGGGUUUAGUUAUGAGACAUUGGAACAUCAUGAAAGUGAUGCAGGUGGGUUAAGGAAAGCUACUUUAUUAAUAACAGAUAACAAUGCCUUCAAGAAAUUAAAAUAUGAAAGUGGUGUACAUAGAGUACAAAGGAUUCCAAUAACAGAGAAGUCUGGUCGUUUACAUACCAGUACAGCUGUUGUAAUAAUUACACCAGAACCCAAAGAUAUUGAAAUCAAGAUAGAUGAGAAAGAUUUGAUAAUAGAAUCAAAAAAAGCAUCUGGAGCUGGAGGCCAACAUGUAAAUACUACAGAUUCAGCAGUUAGAAUAAUUCAUAUACCCACUGGUAAAAGUGUAACUUGCCAAAACAAUAGGUGUCAAAUAAAAAACAGAAAGUUAGCACUAACAAAACUAAGAACUAUAUUGUUUGAGGAACAAUUGGACCAACAGGUUUCCUUUAUUAAUAAAAUACGUAAGAAACAAAUGGGGAUGAGAUUGAGAAACGAGAAAAUCAGAACAUAUAACUUCAAUAAAGAUCGGAUUACGGAUCAUAGAAUAUCAAAUGGUACAAUGUAUAAUUUAAAAGAAUUUAUGGAGAAUGGAGCAGAUCUGGAAAAACUGGAGGAUAGGCUCUACAAGGAUAUGCAACCGAAGACCACGCUGGAGAUUAUAGAGGAGAUGAUGAGUCAAUUCAAAUAACACUAGUCCAACAUUUGCCAUUUUGAUAAGAAAUGAUUUUCAUUUUACAUAGGCAAGCCAUUGUACAUAGCAAAUUGUAAUAAACUCUGUGUAAUACAAGUAA